AUGUCAGAGCCACCUGAUGUGCUCAUUCAGCAUGCACGAUAUGCUUUGGAAGCGCUUGGUCAUAGCUCUGUGUGUGGAACAAAGGGCGACAACUCUUUGCUGUGGUCCACGCGGACAUUGGGGACAACAAGCAUGUUUUCAGGUAUUUGCUGCGCAGAGAGGGCCUUGGAAUCCAUCAACGCUGCCCGCAAAACAUUUGGUGCAGACAUUGGGGAUCUUACUGAACCAUUGUGGACAGUGGAAUGUGAUGCGAAGGCCAGAGCUGCGCAAGUGGAAAUGCUACCGGACACAGCGUGCAAAUUUCUGGACGUCCGUGAUUUCAUAGAUGCACACACCUUGGCAGAGAUGAACAAAGUCACCGCUUCUGGUUCGGGGAAGAAGUGGAAGAAGUGGCUUACGUUAGUCAAAGCAGGCAAAAUUCCAGAAGAAGCCUUUUGCAGCACCCAUCUGAAAAAGUGUCAGAUCCGUUCAUCCUUCUUGGACUUCACGGGAUCUAUGUGCACAUCGUGGAGUACGCUAGGGGCACAAGAAAAAGAAGAGUCAACAAACAGCAUUCUUCUCUUGAUUUGGAUGAAUUAUCACUGCCGGAAGGGCACGCCCUUGGUGGGCCACGAGAACGUCGAUACCUUCCAGUCAGGCAUGAUCGUUGACGAAAUGUUCAAGGCUGGGUACCGCCAUAUCCUGGUAAAGGUCAAGCCCCUGGAUGUGGGGAUCCCAAUUGGCAGACCGAGAAGGCUUCUUGGCAAUAUUAGCAUUUUGUAUACAUACAUAUGGAUAUAUAUAUAUAUGUAA